GAGGUGGGGUUCCCUCUAUAAACAUAGAUUUCUCUCCCCUGGCUUCCUCUCGUUCUUCCCAACAAACCACCCUUUUCCCUCUCUCAUCUUUCUCGUCGUUUCUUCCCUCGGAAACAAGAAAAUCUAACUAGACAAGAAUAACGAAGCAAAGCAGGCUCUUUUCAUCGUAGUUCCGUUUUUGAAUACAGGGAAAGUGGGAAUCUGGGUAAUCGGAUCUAGAUCGAGGCAAAACCCAUGGCGGGUCAUAGGUUUCACGUCGCAUGGAUCUUCUCCUUGUUUGCUCUCUUGUUCCUUCGUGCCCAUUGCUUCUACCUUCCUGGUGUUGCCCCUGAAGAUUUCAAAAAGGGGGAUCCAUUGUUGGUGAAAGUGAAUAAGCUGACUUCAACUAAAACACAACUUCCUUAUUCCUACUAUUCUCUACCAUAUUGUCAGCCUGAGAACAUAGUUGACAGUGCAGAGAAUCUUGGGGAGGUCCUUCGUGGUGAUCGAAUUGAAAAUUCUCCUUAUGUUUUUAAAAUGAGAGAACCACAAAUGUGCAAUAUUGUAUGUCGUAAAAUUCUUGAUAAGAAAACUGCAAAGGCAUUCAAGGAGAAGAUUGAUGAUGAAUAUCGAGUGAACAUGAUUUUGGAUAACCUUCCAUUGGUUGUUCCCAUAAGAAGGCCCGAUCAGGAAAAUGCUGUAGUGUAUCAGCAUGGUUUUCAUGUUGGUCUAAGAGGACAGUAUGCUGGGAGCAAGGAAGAAAAACAUUUUAUCAACAAUCACUUGACAUUUAUAGUUAAAUUUCACAAGGAUCCACUGGCAGAUUCUGCAAGGAUUGUUGGGUUUGAGGUCAAACCAUUCAGUGUUAAACAUGAGUAUGAGGGUGAUUGGAAUGAGAAAACCCGUCUGACAACCUGCGAUCCCCAUGCAAAACGUGCAGUUACUAGCUCUGAAUCUCCUCAAGAGGUUGAAGAAAAGAAGGAGAUCAUAUUUACAUAUGAUGUUGAGUUCCAGGAAAGUGAGAUAAAGUGGGCAUCCCGAUGGGAUACCUAUCUUCUAAUGGCUGAUGAUCAGAUCCAUUGGUUCUCAAUUGUUAAUUCUUUGAUGAUUGUUCUUUUCCUCUCGGGAAUGGUGGCUAUGAUCAUGUUGCGAACUCUUUAUCGGGAUAUCUCCAAGUACAACCAACUUGAAACCCAAGAAGAAGCCCAAGAGGAGACAGGGUGGAAGCUUGUCCAUGGGGACGUUUUCAGGCCUCCAGCAAAUUCCGACUUACUGUGUGUGUAUGUGGGAACAGGGGUUCAGUUUUUUGGUAUGAUUCUUGUUACCAUGAUCUUUGCUCUCCUUGGCUUCCUGUCCCCCUCAAACAGAGGUGGGUUAAUGACAGCCAUGCUUCUACUCUGGGUCUUCAUGGGCCUGUUUGCUGGAUACUCCUCGGCUCGUCUUUAUAAGAUGUUCAAGGGAACAGAGUGGAAGAAAAUUACACUCAAAACAGCUUUUAUGUUCCCUGCAACUGUCUUUGUCAUUUUCUUUGUCUUGAAUGCUCUGAUAUGGGGCCAGAAAUCCUCUGGAGCAGUGCCAUUUGGAACUAUGUUUGCUCUGGUAUUGUUAUGGUUUGGCAUCUCAGUCCCUCUCGUUUUUGUGGGUAGUUAUAUUGGUUUUAAGAAGCCAACAAUUGAGGAUCCAGUGAAAACUAACAAGAUCCCAAGGCAAAUUCCAGAACAGGCUUGGUACAUGAACCCAGCCUUCUCCAUCCUAAUUGGGGGCAUACUUCCAUUUGGGGCUGUUUUUAUUGAGCUCUUUUUCAUCCUCACUUCUAUAUGGUUGCAUCAGUUCUAUUACAUAUUUGGCUUCCUCUUCAUUGUCUUUGUCAUUCUAAUUGUCACUUGUGCCGAGAUCACGGUUGUGCUCUGCUACUUCCAGCUGUGCAGUGAGGAUUACCUAUGGUGGUGGAGGUCAUACUUGACUUCUGGUUCCUCUGCACUUUACCUAUUCCUCUAUGCUGCCUUCUACUUCUUUACAAAGCUUGAGAUCACAAAGCCAGUAUCUGGAGUUUUGUACUUUGGGUACAUGUUGAUUGUAUCUUAUGCAUUCUUUGUGCUGACUGGUGCAAUUGGUUUCUAUGCUUGCUUCUGGUUCACAAGGCUCAUCUACUCAUCAGUGAAGAUUGAUUGAUCUGUUCUUGCAACCUAAGGAAAAUUCCCAGUUUGUUUCUUCAUGAAGAUGCUCAAAUUAUUCCGAACAGAAUCAGAAAUGCAGGACAUUCUUGCUUGCGGAGUUACCAUUUAGGUUCAUUUUUGAAUCUUCAAUCAUAGAAAUUGUUAUUUUUUUUAGCCUUCUACAUACAGGUUCUUUGGCGGUUACUAGUUACUUUUACUCGUCAAUUGGUUCCAUUACAUUAGUGUUUUGUAUGAGACCCUGGAGAGAUUGUUAAGCAAUCUCUUCUCAAUGCCUGUUCUAGAAAAUGAAGGAAUUCUUGUAUUCAUCCUUAA